AUGCUUCUUCAGCUCUAUGCUUCUUCAGCUCUAUGCUUCUCCAGCUCUAUGCUUCUCCAGCUCUAUGCUUCUCCAGCUCUAUGCUUCUUCAGGUCUAUGCUUCUCCAGCUCUAUGCUUCUCCAGUUCUAUGCUUUUCCAGCUCUAUGAUUCUCCAGCUCUGUGCUUCUUCAGCUCUAUGCUUCUUCAACUCUAUGCUUCUCCAGCUCUAUGCUUUUCCAGCUCUAUGCUUCUCCAGCUCUAUGCUUCUCCAGCUCUAUGCUUCUCCAGCUCUAUGCUUCUCCAGCUCUAUGCUUCUUCAGCUCUAUGCUUCUCCAGCUCUAUGCUUCUCCAGCUCUAUGCUUCUCCAGCUCUAUGCUUCUCCAGCUCUAUGCUUCUCCAGCUCUAUGCUUCUUCAGGUCUAUGCUUCUCCAGCUCUACUGUAUGCUUCUCCAGCUCUAUGCUUCUCCAGCUCUAUGCUUUUCCAGCUCUAUGAUUCUCCAGCUCUGUGCUUCUUCAGCUCUAUGCUUCUCCAGCUCUAUGCUUCUCCAGCUCUAUGCUUCUCCAGCUCUAUGCUUCUUCAGGUCUAUGCUUCUCCAGCUCUAUGCUUCUCCAGUUCUAUGCUUUUCCAGCUCUAUGAUUCUCCAGCUCUGUGCUUCUUCAGCUCUAUGCUUCUUCAACUCUAUGCUUCUCCAGCUCUAUGCUUUUCCAGCUCUAUGCUUCUCCAGCUCUAUGCUUCUCCAGCUCUAUGCUUCUCCAGCUCUAUGCUUCUCCAGCUCUAUGCUUCUUCAGCUCUAUGCUUCUCCAGCUCUAUGCUUCUCCAGCUCUAUGCUUCUCCAGCUCUAUGCUUCUCCAGCUCUAUGCUUCUUCAGGUCUAUGCUUCUCCAGCUCUACUGUAUGCUUCUCCAGCUCUAUGCUUCUCCAGCUCUAUGCUUUUCCAGCUCUAUGAUUCUCCAGCUCUGUGCUUCUUCAGCUCUAUGCUUCUUCAGCUCUAUGCUUCUCCAGCUCUAUGCUUUUCCAGCUCUAUGCUUCUCCAGCUCUAUGCUUCUCCAGCUCUAUGCUUCUCCAGCUCUAUGCUUCUCCAGCUCUAUGCUUCUCCAGCUCUAUGCUUUUUCAGCUCUAUGCUUUUCCAGCUCUAUGCUUCUCCAGCUCUAUGCUUCUCCAGCUCUAUGCUUUUUCAGCUCUAUGCUUUUCCAGCUCUAUGCUUCUCCAGCUUUAUGCUUCUCCAGCUCUAUGCUUCUCCAGCUCUAUGCUUCUCCAGCUCUAUGCUUCUUCAGGUCUAUGCUUCUCCAGCUCUAUGCUUCUCCAGCUCUAUGCUUCUCCAGCUCUAUGCUUCUCCAGCUCUAUGCUUUUUCAGCUCUAUGCUUUUCCAGCUCUAUGCUUCUCCAGCUCUAUGCUUCUCCAGCUCUAUGCUUUUCCAGCUCUGUGCCACGUCACAAAUCGAAGAAUGA